GCGGUUUCACAAUCUCAUCAAAGAAAGUAAGAGAUGAGCAGCUAACACCCGGUGUUUUAAGACUUAGUAAAAAAGCUUUGCGAUCAGUCAAAAGUGACAGUAGUUAUGUGAUAAACCCCCCUUAAAUUGUACAAAUUAACUACCGUCUUCAUAAAUGACCCUUGGAUAAGUUUGUUUUUGCGGAUAGAGUAUGACGUUUUCGGGAAUUGGAACCCUGCACCUGUGUCUCUCAUUGGCGCUUAUCGGAGCAUACGAUAACCUAUCAAAAGGACGGAAAUCAUUCGUGUACGAUGGAGAUGGAGGAGAAGUUUUCAGAAAGUUUUUCAGAGAAAAUGCAUCUGUAAUCACAGAUGGCGAUCCUACAACAUGCUUUCCUUCAUAUUACUUCAGAUAUUUGUAUAGAAAUAAAACUACUUUAAAUGUUGACAUGGCCACAUUGCAGAGUAUCUACCAAGUGGAUAUUUUCCAAGGGGAAGUUUCCAGCAACUGGUCGGUGUACAUCUCAACUACAGACAGGAGAGAUAAUGCCACCCAGUGUACAAGAACGAUCUCAUCACCGGAUGUCCAGCGCUUCACUUGUGCGGAUCAUGGCCGCUUUGUUAUACUAGCUUAUGUAGAUGGAAAUUACAAAAAGAGAGAUUCUAUUUGUGUAGUCAAUGUAACAGGUUGUACGGUGGGAAAGUUUGGUGAAGACUGCAGCAAAAACUGCCCAGAAAAUUGCAAGGGAAAAAUAUGCCACAUAUUGGAUGGAAGAUGUACGAUGUGUUUCGAUGGUUGGAAGGGAGACUAUUGUAACCAAAGAAAACAGAACAUACAAGAAACAGGCAAGUGUACGGACGGGUAUUUUGGCGACAACUGUACCAAACUUUGUAAAGGCAGGUGCUUGAAUGGUGCCGCUUGUAAUGCCGUGACAGGAUACUGUGACGAGGGUUGUGCCCCUGGAUGGAGGAACCUCGACUGUUCCGAGGUGUGUCUAAAUGGAUUCUUUGGAACAAAGUGUGCGCAACGGUGUAACUUGUCCUGUGAUCCCAUUACUGGAAUUUACAGUGGGACUGUUACCGAGAUGUUAGGGAAAAGUGGUCAGUCAUCGGAGGGAAGCCCCGCAAUAGUGAGCGGUUUGAUUGUGGCGCUGUUCGUCUCAGUGUUGAUGAAUGUUGGUCUCCUGGCGAUAUAUUGGAAAAGAGGUAUACUGAAAGGAAAGCAGACAUGCUUAAAAGAAGCGCCAUUAUACGCAAAUGCGGAAUUUGAUGGUCCAGUACACGAACAACCAGGAAGGGGAGAUAGCUUAACGGGGACGACUGUGUGCUACGAGACAUUAGAUGAUAGAACACGUGAUCAGGACACGCAAAACUACAGUACAUUAGAUAACGAGAGAGAGUGAGAGAGUGAGUGAGAGAGUGAGUGAGAGAGAGAGAGAGGAGAGAGAGAGAGAGAGAGAGAGAGAGAGAGAGAGAGAGAGAGAGAGAGUGAGAGAGUGAGUGAGUGAGAGAGAGAGAGAGAGAGAGAGAGAGAGAGAGAGAGAGAGAGAGUUAUGAUGCCUAACACCUUUUAUCCUUUUUAUUGAAUUAUAUGAUAUUCUUGAGUUUGAUAUUCUUGAGUUUGUUUCUAGAGUGUAUGUUGAUGGGAGUCAGUACCGUUUAAUGUACCACGUCUUAUGUAUAACUAUUCAUGUUAUAUGUUUCUUAUAUUGGAUAAACUGUAUUUUGUAUGUAGAAAAGAUUCGCAUGUCAUGUUGAGGAUUUGUCAUUAAGGAAGAAUGCUACAUCGUCAUCAUGGCAAAUUACCUUUUUGAAACUAGAAUGAAAAUAUAAACACCAACAAUUGAUCUGUAUAUUAACUGUUUUAUUUUUUUUUUAUUAAAAUUGUUUUCUCUUCAA